AUGACCCCUGCCGCAAGACCUCCGCCGCACUUCAGACGCUGUUCGUUGAGGUCUGCGGUCGGCAGAGUUGCUUCGUUCACCUCCUCGCUUGGGGAGAACGCAGACCUCGUAGCCAGCGCUCUGAUGGUCGUCCAGCUGCCCAAGGAGCACGACGGCACCUCCAGGGCUCUUGGAUACACCGCCUCAUUCAGGGCCUUCAACGUCUCCUCUGCCAUCCCCGACACCUACGGCGACAAGGCCACCAUCAUCCGCCCUUCCGUAGAGAAGAGCCUUCACAUCACCGACGUUCUGCACUGGCUGAAAACCCCCUUUGGCAACGGAGUCUUUGCUCUGCUGAUUCAGAGCGACUGGAGGAAGUUGGCUUUCGUAGUCCAGGCCUUCCGCGUCCAGAAAACCCUUCGCCACCUGGUCGCAGAGAGCCCCUCGCUCGUGAAGGUCUGCAAGGGUGCACAUACCAAUGUUCAGUCCUGCGGUCAAGUAUCGCUGCAACUCUCAACGUUGCAAUUGGGAAUGAUUUGUAGCAAGGGAAAAUUGUGA